AACGGGCCCUUAUAAACUCCUACCCAAUCUUAACGGGUCUUUCAAAGAAACCAUUCUAUACCUCAAAAAUUAGCUUUGAGAAAAACUCUAGAAACUCUAAUGGCCUCUCAAACCCUAAUUCUCCAAAACCCAAAUCUUCCCAGAAGUACCAUCCUUUCUCCUCCUUCAACCCUAAUCUACUCGAAACCCAGAACUAUUUCAGUGUUCGCACGGCCAAAUUCACUCGCAGCUCCUUCUCUGCACACUCUUAAAUCCAAGAAAUUCACAGUUUCGGCAUCAUCCUCUGCUGUUCUCGAAAACCCAUCUGCGAAUUUAUCAACAAAUCCGUCAAUUACAGUUGACCCUUUAAUCACUCGCUCUACGCGUACAAUUACAACUUUUUUUGCAGUUACUUUAGCUGUAUCGAAGUUGGUCUUCCAAAAAUUGAGUUUUAAUGGAUUGGGGCAAUCUCUAGCGUACACUGCGGGGCCAAUGUUUUUUGCGGCCCUUAAGAAUCAGCCUACAACAGGAGGUUUGAAUACCCCUUUCACUGUGGUUGCUGCUGGAAUGGCGAAGUGGCUUGAUAUAUACAGUGGGGUUUUGAUGGUUCGGGUUUUGCUCAGUUGGUUUCCGAAUAUACCUUGGGAUAGGCAGCCAUUGUCAGCUAUUAGGGACCUUUGUGAUCCUUAUUUGAAUCUCUUCAGGAAUAUAAUUCCCCCAAUUUUUGACACUUUGGAUGUGAGCCCCCUUUUGGCUUUCGCAGUUUUGGGUACACUAGGCUCAAUUCUUAACAGCAGCAGGGGAGCAUACUGAGGCAAUUGGCAGUCGACGAUCAUUAUCUAUGAGAUUCUUAUGGAGUAAAGACCAAUAAUGCUUUUAAAAAUGCUUUCUUUUUAUGUUGGUCUUUUAAUAGGCGUGUUAGAGUUUGAGCGUUCAUUGGUAUUGUACUGCUAGUGUUGAUUUCUGAAAUUUUGGUACAACUCAAAUGUUAUUUAUCUUCUAAUGUAUACUUGAAUGAAUAGCUAGUUAAUGGGUUGAGAAUAUAGUGGUUUUUUGCCACUGAUAAGUUGUCCACUAAACUGGCCUAGUAAGAAAAGUGAUCCCAUUCUUGCAAUCUGAAUUUGUGUACUGUUAUGGGUGCUAAAGUUUAAAUGAAAAUGUCAGUUAUGUUUUAA